AAAAUAGUCCAUAUAAUACUUCUAAUAUGGGAGAAAGGACCUAUUGGAAUAUAAUUUCAAAUGUAUGGGACUAAGUGGAACACAAAAAUACUUUGUGGACUUUUUUGGCUAUAAGUUCUCUAAAUAGGAUUUAUAAAUUAAUCUCUCUAAACACACACAGCUCUACUUGCAAUUUUUAAAGAGAGAGAGAGAGUCGUAAUGCGAACUUGAGAAUGGAGGGUUUGAUGAUUCUUUCUUCUAGGUUAGGGUUUAGAGUUGGGUUUUCGAUGUGGUCGUGUUCUUGAUCGCAAUAUUUCUUUCUCUGUUUGUCAUCGUCUUUUUGUUUUUGGCUUUCAAUGGCUUGCGAUGACAACUCUUUCGCUCUCUUGGGCAAUGACGAAGGGGACGAUAUCUCGACCUUUCUCACCCACGUAGCCUUGAAGGCCGAGGCUUCUUCCGCCACUGCGGAAAAGAAGAAGAAGAAUGAACGGAGCCACCACUCUCACUCUCCUCCGUCAAAACCUCUUCCUCCUCCUCAAUCUAUGAGAACUGAAAGCCGGGGAGGAACAUGAGGCCAAGGUCAUGGUUCAGGGAGGUCUAGUCAGAAUGAUGUGCAGCAGUUUGAGAAGGAGGGCUAUGCAAAUAGUUAUCAACCAAAUAACCGAGGAGCCAAUGGUUAUAAACAGAAUAGUGGUGGAACUGAUGGUUAUGGGAGGUACAAUAGAGGGUUUGAUGGUCCUAGAAGGAAUCGUGGAGGGGACGUUGGGUAUCAACAAAGCUUUGGAAAUACUGAUGGUUAUCAAGGGAGUUAUGGUGGGGAUACUGCUGGGAACAAGGAUGAUGGCAAUUGGCAGGGAUGGGUUCAUAAUGGUGCGCGUGCACGUGGGCGUAGACAUGGAGGUGCUAGAGGAAGAGGCUUUGGUCAAGGAAGGGCACUGAAUGAAGAUAAUGGGUUUGAGAAAGAGAGCCAAUUUGUUAAGGGCAAUCAGCAACUUAAAAAUAAGGAUCAGGGAGGGGGUACUGGUGACAGUUAGGAACAUGUGACUGAGGACCGUUCAAGUUAUGGUGGUGAGAGAAAAGAUAAUGAUGGUGGUGGUGGAGGAUACAAAACUCGGGGGGAUAGCUUCUUUGGUGUCCACAAUGGAAAUAAUUAUGAGGUGAUGAAUACCUUUGGGGCUAAGGAGGCACUUAGCAGUAAUGAAGGUGAUGAUGAUAGUGUGAUCGUAGGAAACUACUGAAGUAUCAAAAGAUGCUUUUCAAGAUGCUGCUCAUGAUUCCUCUGGGAACAAGGCUGAAGAUGAAGAGGCGAAAGAAGCUAGGAGGAGGACCCAAGGGGCAUUGGAAAAGGAAGCUAAAAGGAAGGCCUGGGAGGAAGAGAAAAGGGAAGAAGUAAAGAAAAUGACUCUUGAACAAUAUCAGAAGGUGCUCCUUGAAAAGAGGAAAGCUUUGGAAGCUUUAAAGACAGAGGAAAGGAAGGUCACCCUUGUCAAGGAUUUUGAAUCGAUGCAGGUAGUUGGGAAAAAGGCAGAAGACAGCAAACAGGACUCUAAGAAGGACAAGCUUAAAAAGAAGGAUGACAAAGUUCACAAGUCAAUGAGCAUUAAUGUGUUCCUAAAACCGGCUGAGGGUGAGGUUGAGAAGUGUGAUAGGCGUGAUGGAUGUGGUCAAGGCAGGGGUGGAUACAAUAGAAGAUCUUCGAAUUGGCAAGCAGCUGAUCCUGCAAACAAGGAUGCUCGACAGGAUGGAUUCCAGAACCAACUAAGGGUGAGGAUUAUGUUGGGAAUGUUGAUAGGCGUGGUGGUGGACGAGGUUCAAUGGCACAUCUCUCUAAAAUUAUAUAAUAAUAAUAAGGGGUGACCAUUGGUUCAAUGGUAAAACCUUGGCCUAAUAACCUAGAGGUUAUGGGUUCAAGUCUUGGGGCAAUCACUUUAUACACUAUGCCAAAGGUCAGGUGUGUACCCAAUCUUUCCCCUCUCAAGCACACAUUAAUGUGUACUAAUUGGGUGUUGUUGUUGUUGUUUGAAUAAUAAUAAUAAUAAGAAUAAUAAAACAAGAUUCCGUGAAACUCUCUCCAAAUAAUUUAUGACACUUUAAAAGUAAGCCAAAACUAAACAAAGCUCAAGUACCAAAUCAUAUGCAAGGAAUGUGAAAUCAACUGUCAUUAAUACAAUAUCAGAAACUAUUCAAGGAAACACACUCAUUUGUGAUGCAUAAACUAACCAACCAUAUUGCUCAUCGUCCACUCGAGCAUGUAACAAACUCAUUGACCUGGUAUAUCUAAGUUAUACUUCGCCAAAAAAGAAGAAAAAUAAGAAGAAAUUAAAGAACAAGUGGGUCAUAAGUGGCUAUUCCCUCUAUAACUAAUAUUAUGACUUAAGAAGUGUCAUAUAGGCUAACAAGGAGGAGUGGAGUGGCAUCAAUUCAUAAGACCAUGUAAGCUCAUCACUGCAUAUUCCCCUGAUGUUACAAGGAGAUCACGACUUCCAAAGAGUCCAAAAAAUUAUCUGGCCUCUUCCAUAAAAGGGUCAUCAAUAUCCCCCUCCAAACCAAAGCACUAGGCAGGCCCCUCUUGAAGAACAUUGAUGCAAACAAACAAAAAAAUUCAAUGGGCAAAUAUAUGCUGAUCGGCCAAAAUAACAGUAAAGAUAUUAGCAACUUAAGUGACAUCUUAAAUUUCAAGGGUCAAUACAGCACCAUUGCAAUACAGAGGGGAGAGGGCGCGCGAGCACACACUAAAAAAAAAAAAGGGAGUCCAAAGGAGGAUACAUCAUACUUGAAGAACUCCAUAAGAUCUAU